AAAUUCCGAACAACUCAACUCCUAUACGAAUUUAUUUUCUCUGGUCAAGCACCUCCAUAUAUACAACACAGAGUCCGUGUCAAUAAUUCAUUGGAAAACCCCUCUCCGAAAGUCCCCAUCCCCUUUAAAUAAUAUUUACCAAGGUACCUUACCUGAUAGGUAGAUACUUGGACAGCCAAGAAGAUUAAUUCGAUGAUUUUACCAACUCUAAACUCUAUUCCUAUUAACCGCCGCCGUGGAAUCACGUUCACUUUACAUGUGAACAGAUGAGCGCUAACUCCCAUCUAUAUCGGGCUUGAACCUGCCAAUACUUUACCUACCUUUACUUAACAUACCGUCAUUAUGAUAACAACAUAUCUUCCUCCCUAUUCUUAAUCUUUUUAAUCGACGUCUUGCGCUCGUCAGCUGUGCGCGACUAGGAGCUAAAUAUAUCCGGAUGUGAAGGGUGGGAACAGAAAAAGACUCGAGGAAAUCGAUGUGCUUAGAAUUAUUCACUAUUCACGAUUCAGAUCUCAUUAAAUCAUCUCUAUCCACAGUCAAGUCUGGGUUUUUCAACCCUUCAACUCUCCACCCACGUGGCGAAUAUCCUUGUCAAAUAGAUCCACCGAAUUAAAUUAUUACCUAUCUGUGCGUUUAGGUUCCGCUGCGGAAGUCGUCAAAAUGUCCCAAGAACGUAUCUGGCAUCCAAGGUCCAGCAACAGUACAGCAGCAGUCAAUGAAGACAAUGAAGAUAAUGAAGCGUCAGGUUCAACAGGUCCAACAGGUCCAACGGGUUCCACCUCAACUUACACGGUGAACAUCCACAAUCCCGCUGUCACGUACGGAGGAUUAAAUCCCGAAAUUGAAGAGCAUGUCCUCAUUGUUAAAACCGUACCCGAUCAUGAUCUACGCUACGGUACGGCGGACCGCCGUAAGAUGCUCGGUCCCGACUUAGACGAGGAUCUUGGUAUUCCUCUACAGCGACGUAGUACAAGCGCGGCAAGCCGAGAUUUGAGUCCCGCUCCUUCGUCUUUAAGCAGGAAUCCCGACAUAUGUCCUAUACUCAAUCUACCUCCCGAAUUAAUUGACGCGAUAUUUUCCUGGCUUGCUCCUUUAGAGCUAGCCACCGUUUCCCGAGUCUGUCGUUCUCUACGAAAUCAUGCCAACUCUGAUACGCAGUGGAGACGGCACGUACUAUCGAAUCUUCCAGUGAAUCGUAUCUCCUCUCCGUACCCGUGUCAAAGCUGGCGCGAGCUCUAUAUAUCGCAUGACCCAUACUGGUUUCUAACGAAGCACAAGUUAUGGUUUUGUGAUCGCGAGUUGACCGGCCAAAUAAUCAUCAUCCGUUAUGACGAACGACGAGGCUGUAUUGAAGGCUAUCAAAUGCUCGCUACACGUAACAGGGAUGGGAGUGAACCGUGGGGUGCUGACCAAGCGGUCCACAUCCAUUACUUCGAGCCCACGGUAAAGCUGCACCUUGACAAGCCUGUAUUACAGCUGGAUGUACCAUCUUCAUCCUUGAGACACUCUUUCUCGGAGCAGCCAAUGCGCAUUCAUAGCGGGACAGAUCCUCGAUUCAGCAACUUCCUCCUGGCCAAGCCGCUUAGCAAGUCUGCCCUAGAUGGCCGUAUGACAGAAGAUUUUCCUUACGGUUACGUCUGGCCUCCUCCUACCAUUCCAGCCCGCCAUCGUGUGACAGGACAACCGACGGGUGUUCAUCCGCUUGCAACAUCGGUAAAUUACACGAGGUCGACAUCGGCAAUGUGGCAGCCGCAUAACCGUUCGGAAGCGUCAGACCAAACCUUCCGCAUUAGGCGAUGGAUGGAGAUGGGACCACCAACUCUUGGCGUGCAUGCUGCUGAGGAACUAGUAACUUACUCAACUCUUGAUCCUAUCUUGUAUACUCCAACGGCCGAGAAACCCUGGAGAGGAAUAUGGGUUGGCGAUUAUAGCGGGCACGGCUGUGAAUUCUUGUUGAUCAACCAGCCCGACGACGAGAUGGGGCACAUGCCCUUGGAACGGCUUCAAGGCGAGACAGAUUCGGAGUUUGAGCAACGUUUUCGUCACGAACGUGUGUACCGCGGGCGUCUAGAAGCAGUCAAGUUAACAGGCGACGUCAACGUACCUAGAGGCGAGUUUACUUUUGUUGCAGAUGAUCUAGGCGACAAUGGGAUGUUAGGUACUGCUAAGCAGCCACCAUUCGAGGGUGCCAGAGUCGUAAGAAGCAAAGGUCACAUUGCUCAUAUGGGAUUUUCUAAUGAUAGAUAUAUCGAGUCGCAGCUCCUCUUGCUGUCCUACAAUCGCCUAGCACAAUACUGGGUUGGCUUCGGCCACAUUAGCUUCUUCGAAAGAGUUGAUAUUGACCAAUUCCUCGUACCCAAGUAGCCCUCGCUGCUACAACAAACGUAUAUAUUAUUUUCUCGAGUACAUAGUCUCCUAGGAAUCAGUGUGUGUUAUAUAUUAAACCGUCACAUUCUUCGGCGGUCAAUCCCCAUUGCUCAACCCCUUGCCUCUGUUCACACAUAUGUAUCUACCUAGGUACCAUUAUAUCAUGAUUAAGCAAAUAUAUAGCAUCAUUGAUAGCCUAUCUAUGGCAUUAUAUCUAAACCCGAAGUUUACCUCGGUAGCUCCUAAGGUACUUCUCAGGUGGAAUUCGCAUAUGGUAGGUC